CCUGGGAACAUGGCCCUGCGAGAGAGAGAAACCAGCAGCAAUGACAAGCAAGAACAGAACAGCAGUCGUGUUAUUACAAUUGUCUUCCUGGCACUCUUCAUCGACUUGUUGGGAUUUGCUCUCAUCUUGCCAUUGUUUCCUUCCAUCCUUGAUUAUUACAGCCAGACUGAGGAUGGAUUCUAUUUGUCGUUGCAACGUGGUGUGGACUGGUUUGCAGAGAUGGUUGGGAUGCCUCCAGAGCGGAAAUACAACAGUGUCUUGUUUGGAGGUCUGAUUGGCUCAGUUUUUUCCAUCCUACAGUUUUUCUCCUCUCCCCUCACUGGUGCUGUUUCGGACUGCUUGGGCAGAAGGCCUGUCAUCUUGAUGACAGUGAUGGGUUUGAUAACAUCAUAUGCACUAUGGGCUGCCUCUAGGACUUUUGGCGUUUUUCUUCUCUCCAGGAUCAUAGGUGGAAUAAGCAAAGGGAAUGUCAGCCUCUCCACAGCUAUAAUUGCUGACUUGCACUCUCCAAAAGCACGGAGCAAGGGCAUGGCAAUGAUUGGCAUUGCUUUCUCCCUUGGUUUUACCCUCGGUCCCAUGAUUGGAGCUUACCUAGCCAUGGAGACAGAGAAAGGAGAAGUCUUCUACGUUCGUUCGGCAUUGCUGGCACUCAUGUUUGCUGUGGCUGAUUUAAUUUUCAUCUUCUUCCUACUUCCAGAGACACUUCCCAAAGAAAAACGGGUCUCUUCUGUGACAUCUGGAUUUCAGGCAGCAGUUGACUUGCUCAGUCCUUUGGCUUUAUUUCAGUUCUCUGCAGUCACCCGAGGAAAAGAAUCUCCGUCAGAGGGGAAUCUUCAGAAUCUCAAAAUCCUGGGCCUGACUUAUUUCCUGUACCUCUUCCUGUUUUCCGGCUUGGAGUAUACACUGAGUUUUCUCACUCACCAGAGAUUCCAAUUCAGCAGCAUGCAGCAGGGCAAGAUGUUUUUCUUUAUUGGAAUAACAAUGGCUGUGAUCCAGGGAGGCUAUGCUCGCCGAAUCAAGCCAGGAAAUGAAAUCAGAGCUGUAAAAAGGGCUAUUAUGUUGCUGAUUCCAGCUUUCUUGUUAAUUGGAUGGGCUGCAAAUGUGACCAUGCUGAGCGCUGGACUGUUGCUUUACUCUUUCGCUGCGGCCAUUGUUAUCCCGUGUUUGUCAGCAGUGGUGUCAGGCUAUGGCUCUGCCAGCCAGAAAGGACGAGUCAUGGGGAUCCUGCGGAGCCUGGGCGCCCUUGCCAGAGCCCUGGGACCAGUCCUGUCAGCUACCGUUUACUGGCUGGCAGGGGCAGAGGUUUGCUUCACUGUCUGUGGAGCUUUGUUCCUCAUCCCCUUCAUUUUACUUGGUUCUAUAAAACAGCAGAUAAAGGCGGAAUAG